AGAACUAAACAGUUAAGAUUAUUAGGGCCUGUGAGCUCAAGUAGGUAGUCAAAUUCAUAAAGUUAGAUUAUUAAACUGGAAUGUUCUCGUUGAUACAGGCCCCAUCCACAUAAUUAGUAGCCAAUGAUGGUGCUUGUGACAAACGAAAAUAAAGAAUCAGACAAACCAAGUAGUGUUAACUUCAAGAACGUUCGAAGUCUUUAUCAAACAAGAGCUCGAAAGUACACCUUCACACUUGUUACCUUGGCUACAAUUUAGUAUCGUGAUCAGCAAUGACGGAAAAUUUGAACGCUAGUAAAGCCGUCAAACCAGAUACGUCAGAUUACAGUGUGUCUGUUCAAGAGAGCCAUGGACCGGAGGAAUCUAAUUCGAAAUUCGUGGUUGGUGCUAGCGUCCUCAUCCCUUCUCCUCACACCAGGCCAACGAUCUCACCUGGAAACUAUGGAUACAUCCACGUAGUCACCUCAAACGUCAGGAGAGAAUCAACUCCAGGAGAAAACAAAGGUUCAACUUCAAAUUCGUCGAAAGCCUCACCCAAUCUUCAGACAAAUCAGAACGUUAUAGCUAGUAGUAAUGUAGGUAGUGACGUAAAAACUUUAUGUAAACAUCAUAGUUCACCAGAUUCAAGCAAUAGAAAACACUCCAGCAACUCAAGGAAUAGGAGCUCAACCAGAAGCCACGAUGUAUCUUCUGAAGGAAAACACAAUAUUCCAGAGCCUCAACCAAUGAGGGUGUCAAGCGAUUCCCAUAAAUAUUUCAAGCAACAGCUCGUGCUCCCUCGCACUCACGAUUCUUCCUCAACAAGAGAUACUACAUUAGUCCAUCCAGAUGACAUUCCUGAACCAACUUACUCCGUAGCACACUCCCAAAAUGUACCUACUAACACCUCUCUUUCACAAUAUUCCAACACAUUCGAUGUUACUAAUCUUCAUCAUCCAACUCAAGCACAGAAUGUAGAACGUCAGCCACGAUCACAGAGUUCACACCAGCCACAGUCGUUACAGCAAGCUUCUCACUCCACCACCUCCAUCACCACCCCUCUUCCUCCCCCUCGCCCACUGAUUUACAGCGAAAGUGAUCCAGAUUAUCAAGCAGUGAAGAGCGCAGCUGAAUGCCUCCACGCUCACGAUUACACCAAGAUGGCUAAUAUUCUUGAACGGGCACCAAAUAAUUCAAUUCCAGUAUUGUUUGGCAAAGGAUUGGCCUAUUAUAAGCUAACCAAAUACUCUGCAGCUAAUCGAGCUUUCGAGCAAAUGCUCCAUGAGUCGGAAAAUGACCCUGAGCUGUUAGGAAAUGUGUACUUGGCUCACUACUACAUCGGUGAGAUCGAUCUAGGUCAUGGUCGCUAUGAGCAAGCUUCUCGUCAUUUUGAGCAAGCUGCAGAUGCUUUUUGCCCUCUCACCCUAGCCAAGAGAUAUCGAAUCAUUGCUCCAAGUCUAGCCAUCCUCUACUCGAAAAAAGGCUCUGCACUAAACCACUCUCAUAAAGUUAUGGCUGCUGUCAAGUCGUACAAGAAAGCUAUUGAAUUAGGCAUCACUGCUAAAGACAAGCUGGCAGCGUGUACUAGCCUGGGAAAUCUUUACCAGAGUUUGGGAGAUAACCAGAAUGCUAUGAAGCAGUAUGAAGAAACCAUCCAAUCGGCUGAAGAGCUAAAUGAUUUUGUGUACCUCGGCUGGGCCCAUGGAAACAUGGGCAAUGCUUACCUGGGUCUUAAUCAGAAAGACAAGGCCUUGUUCCACUUGGAGAAGAGUCUUGAGUUAACCAUUAACAACGAACCUUCACCACAAGCCAUUGGCCGUGCCUACAAUAAUCUAGGUACUGCUCAUCAAUCUCUGGGUGAUGUUACGAAGGCAGAGGAAUAUUAUGACCUCGCUUUGAGCCAAGCCAUCUAUGGAAGAGACGUAGGUGGACAGGCCCGAGCUUAUGGAAAUAUCGGCAACCUGCUCAUGAUUCAAAAGAAGUUCGAAUCGGCCAUUCUCCACUACACUGAAGCCAUGACCAUCAGCAAAGACCGUGCUACAAAGUCAACUGCUUUCCAUAACAGAGGCUGUGCAAGCUACGAAAAAGCCGAAUCCGACAACAAAAAGUUUUUUGACCGACUGCAAAGUCAGUCAGAGGGUACACCUCACAAUGGUUUGGCCCUGGUUACGUACAAAGGUCCGAAUGUUAAUCGCUUGCCCCAAGCCCCCUCCCACCUUCCCUCGUCUAUCAAUGAUCUUUACGAGCAGGGGCGGAAUGAUUUGUUGAAGGUGGUUGAGCAUCACGAGGAGACGAUUCAAACCAUCAAAGGCUCUACCCAGGGACUGACACUGUCUGUAUCGCUGUCGGAGACCAACUCAAGAAGUUUCCAUAGAUUGCAGGACUGCCUGUACAACCUGGGAGAGUGGGGCAAAGCAUUGGAGUGUGCUGAGCAAAGCCGAGCCCGAUCACUGGGCGAGCUGAUGCUGGAGAGAAAGGGUCGCUCACUGGACCUCCCCCUCACUUCUCCACUCAACACCCAACAGAUUAACCAGAUAAUCGAUCGCGUUGGCACCACGGUGGUCUACAUCUCUUAUACUGGCUCCAGGCUACUCAUUUGGGUCUUCUCCCCUGUACAUGGUCACAUGACCACCAACAUGCUGCAGGUGACCCUCUCUGACGACCAAUUCGAAGGUAAAUCAUUGGAUUAUUAUCUCCGCUAUUCACUCUCUGAGAUACUCAUUGAGAGCAACAUGGAGAUGUACUCUGUGUCAACAUACGAGGAGACAUCACCGUUGACGAUGCUGUUUGAUCUACUGGGCAAGCCACUUCUCGAUGUUUUGGAGUCAGUUCAUUCACAAACCAACUCACCAGAGCCAAAAGAUAUCAUCUUGAUUCCAGACAGCUAUACCAACCUUAUGCCUGUGCUAGCUUUCUUGGACCACGCCAACCAGAAGUUCCUCGGUGACAAGUAUCGAUUCCGCUACAUGCCCUCACUACUCACACUGGGAAUUCUCUGGCAGCUGCCGGAAGUAGUUGUUGAAGUUCUGCUAGAGAGUCGAAGCUUCUGUAUCGUAGGUAACCCGACUAUCCCCACUUUUAAUUACCAAGGAGACACAUGGAGCCUGGGUAAACUUCCUCAUGCCACGAAGGAAGCAGAAUGGGUGGCUCACAUUCUCAAGUGUAACCCCACCCUCCACGACCAAGCCACAAAGAUGCUUGUUCUAUCGAUGAUGAAUACUGCUAAAGUCGUCCAUCUUGCUACCCAUGGAAGUGCCGUCACUGGGUUCUUAGCGUUUGCUGGCCGAGGCUCAAGUCGGAGUAAGGAGGUUGUAGACGACAAGAAGGUGUUGCUGUACCCAGAUGAGGUGGAGAAGCUGAGUAUCUCACCGGCACUCGUCGUUCUGUCCAGCUGUGACUCGGGAAGGGGUGUGGUCAAGGCUGACGGCAUCCAGGGAAUGGCUAGAGCAUUUAUAUUAGCAGGUGCCCAGUCUGUGCUGACGUCCCUGUGGAGGGUCCCCGAUGAGUCAGCCUCUACCUUCAUGCAGUUCUUCUACCAAUAUCUCAUGGACGGCUUUAAAUCGUCCAGUGCUCUGCAGAAAGCUAUCUUGAGUGUUCGAGCGUUCUCAAAGUACUCGCGAUACAUUCACUGGUCAGGGUAUCAGCUCACAGGACGAGAGGUGUGUCUGGUCGCUAAGAAAACAGCUGCUGACUUGGAGAUACGAGAGAAGGUGGGAGUUACUGCUGUGUUCCCACGGUUGAAUGUCAUCAAGAAAUUGGAGGCUGCUUUUAUGAAGGAGCCACGCACACCUACAGAUGUACAGCUGAUUCACGGAGUGCAUGGACUGAAACCCUCUGAACCGGUCAUUGACUUCAUCACUAAGUAUCACAUUCACUUCUCGGGCGGAGUGUUUUGGGUCAACGGGUCAUCACCUGAGUUCAUCAGAGCAGCUGAGCUCCUCAUACAGAAGGCCCUAGCGAUAAGCUCCUCCCCGCUCAUGGAGCCGACCCUGGUGGUUCUGGACAACCUCUUCAGUCUACCAGAACCUGGUUCCCUACUGACACUACUACGAUCAAACCACACACACAUCAUCACACUCAGCCACACCCUCUCACCUCCUGAGAACCUCCAAAGAGAAUUCGACCUGCAGCUGAUUCGAGGACUCAACGUGAUUGCUCUGAAACCGUUGUCUCGGUUACACUCGACACAGAGAAUGGUGCACUCUGUUGCUCUAGAGCACGAUUUCGUACCGCACACAGGGGAGCAAGAAAUAUUGGCAAAGAUUGCCGAUAACGUAGGUGGUUCACCCCCUGUGGUGGACAUUAGCUCCGCCCUACUCAAGCGAUGCAUACAAGAGUGUGAGGCUGGCAGGGGAGAAGAGGAAGAUUUUCUGCAAGAAUUUGAAGGAAGAGUUUUCAAAAAAGACACAAAUUCUCUCACACAAAAAAACGAUCAGUCGAUCACUGAAUUCACCUCUAACCUGAUUGAAGGUUUCAAGCUCACUCAGAGUGAACAGCUGUUACUGACUUCCCUGGCCAUGUUUGGGCCCGUUCCAGUGCCAAAAUCAGUGGUUGAGAAGGCACAGUCUUUCGUGAUGAUGGCCAAACCCAGUACUGAAAAUCCCGGCAGUCUCAUGCCCAUUUCCAACUUGUUGUCUGCGAAGCUGCUCCUGGUUUACCCAUCUCCAGUGAUCGCUGCACCUAGCAACAACUCUACCACAAGAACAGCUGCCCCUCGUCUUACCAACAGAAGAGGGAGCACAGAUUCGGCACAACUCGACGAAGAAGCCGACUACUUCUACGUGCCACAACUAGUGAAGGAUUCAUUAUGGGAGAGCAUGAGGCCAUUGGAUCAAGAAAUUGCUAUUACAACGUCGUAUAAAUGCUUGGAGCAAUUAGAUUUCAGUAAUAAUUCAGGAGAUCUAAACGUGCUUUUUGGAGGUGGACUUACACGUAUGCUGAUUGAACUACUCGAAUCUAAAGGAAGAAACGUUGAGGAUAAAAUUCUUCUAAGCUUGAGUUGCUAUCAGGAACUAGUAAAACUAUAUGUAAAUUUUAGAAUCGGAAACUAUGGCAGCAUUUAACUUUGAUAUUAGGGUUUGUUUUGAGCAAACUUUAAUGUAUUUAUCACAGGACCAUUGGAUCCUAACUUUGUGUACCUUUAACCUUAACCACCAGCUAAUUUUUAUUUUGAACUGUGUUGUAGUUCUGUUGACUCUGCAUUAACUUAUUAUUUUGUUCCUAUUAUCCAUA